UGUCAGCUACAACUAGAUACUAGAUAGCCUAGAUCUAGACUCUAGAAUCUAGAUAUCUAGAUCUAGUCACUCUGGUCCAAGACUCUGGUCCUACACCUGUUUUGCCAAAGUUCCCGAGCUCAGCUGACAGCAGCUCACGGAGUAACUGAGCCUGCCCACUCGCCACUUACUCAGUGUCGUCGAGAGGCAAUCUGCACAUGUGAGUCUGCUGUGGUUCGACGGCUUUAUUCAACAUCAACAGUACAGUCAGUUAUUAGAUCUAGAAUCUAGAUUCUAGAUCUAGACUAGACUUAGUUUUACCAGGAUGAAGAAAUCAAGCCACAACAAAGGUGCCAGUCAAGCCAAGGGUUCUGGUCAGAGAAAGCAUGACAGGCGUUCAAAAAAUCUCAACAAGCACAGCUCUGAUUGGGAAACCCAUAGAGAAUUAAAAGAUCUUGAUAAAGAUGAAACAGAGCCUUGUGGAAAGGAUCAGAUUGCUUCCAUAGGACCUUUGGCCAUGUGGGAUCUGGAGCAUUGUGAUCCAAAGAAGUGCACUGGUAGAAAGCUGUGUCGUAUGGGCCUUGUUCGAAACUUACGUCUUGGUCACAGAUUUGGUGGAAUCAUUUUAUCACCUGUUGGGAAGAAAUGUGUCACUCCACAGGAUAGGAACAUUAUUGCUCAGCAAGGGAUGGCUGUCAUUGACUGUAGUUGGGCAAAGCUUCAAGAGACACCGUUUGCAAAAAUGAAGGGUGACCAUGCGCGACUUCUGCCCUACCUGGUUGCUGCGAAUCCAAUUAACUAUGGGCGACCUUGUAAAUUGUCAUGUGUCGAAGCAUUUGCAGCUACACUCUAUAUCACAGGCUUUCCUGCAGAGGCUGAACACAUUCUGUCAAAGUUUAAGUGGGGAUCUUCCUUCUACACUUUGAAUCAGGAGUUUCUAGACAGCUAUGCAGCGUGUUCUUCAAGUAAAGAGGUGGUGGAAGCUCAGCAGAGGAUACUGGCUGAAAUUGAAGAGGCCAGCAGAAAAAACAAGCAAACAGAUUGGACAGACAUUGACCCAGAUGUGGAAGUGUGCAACCCAAACAAACCGUCACUUUCACAAACCUCAAGGUAUGAAGAAACGAGCAGUGACUCAGAAGACAGCAGUUCAAGCGAAAGUGAGCCAGAUUCCGAUGAAGCUGUUGGAAAUGUUGCAGAAGAAGAGUUUUCUCAACAAUGCAGUGUCAAAGACUCAGAUUCCCACAAAAGUGAUGAUGAUGUACCAGACAGAUCUCUAGAACCUGCUGAAUCAGAAAAGGAAUGUGGAAAUGUAAAUGACAGUGUUAAGGUAGACUGUACAGAGCACAACUCAGGAAAAGACACGUGACAUACAAAAAAUGUGGGAUGACUUUAUAUCUUGUUGAGAGGCUUUUUACAUCCUAUUAAUCAUAAAUUGUGAUAUCAGUGAUGAAUAAAUUGCUUUUAAAGAAGA